GCAUAAUAGUUUUAUAAUGAAGCCACACUCCCCAGACAGAUAACAUUUACAGUUGUUUCCCUGCUCCUCUGCGUCAAUACUACUUCCCCAAAGAUAACACAUAGCGCACGGAUGUUUGCUGCACUUGUGAAUUUGCAUGAAUGCAAAUAUGAUUCUCGCCCAAAGAAGUCACCUGGUGCAGCAUAUCUGUGUUGACACUGAAGAGCAGCAGGUCGGUGUUGUGCUUCACUGACGCGGCAAAAUGAUGAAUGUCACUCCUGCAGACGAGUGCUGCCCCUUCGAGUCUCCCAUCCUGGACCAGGUUUUGCCUCCUAUACUGGUCUUGGAGUUCAUGUUUGGACUGAUGGGGAACUUCGUCGCCCUGUGGAUGUUCAUCUUUCACAUGGACACAUGGAAGCCCAACGCUGUGUACCUGACUCACCUGGCCGUCGCCGACUCCAUCGUGCUGUUCUGCCUUCCUUUCAGGGCCGACUACUACAGGCGUGGGAAGAACUGGCUGUACGGCGACGCCCUGUGUCGCAUCCUGCUCUUUCUGCUGGCAGCCAACCGUGCGGCAGGGAUCUUCUUCCUCACGGCCGUGGCUGUUGACCGUUACUUCAAGAUCGUCCACCCGAGGAACCGGAUCAACCGGAUGGGCCUGGGCUACGCUCUCUGGGUCUCCCUCGGCCUCUGGGGUCUGAUUUUCCUCGCCACCGGCUACCUCCUCGCUAAUGAGCACUUCUACUACAACAACAACCGCACACAGUGUGAGAGCUUCAACAUCUGCAUGGGCUUCAGUCCCCUCUCCACCUGGCACAACACUUUCUACGUCACCCAGUUUUUCCUGCCCACUUCAAUCGUCGCCUUCUGCACCAUCCGAAUCACAUGGCAGCUGAGGGUCAGGACCAUGGACAAGAACGGGAAGAUCAAACGGGCCGUGCAGUUCGUCAUGGCCGUGGCGUUGAUCUUCAUCAUCUGCUUCUUCCCCAGCACUAUAUCGCGCAUCGCAGUGUGGAUCCUCAAGGCGUGGUACAACGAGUGCAAAUACUUCAAAGAGGCCAACCUGGCGUUCUACACGUCGGUGUGUUUCACCUACUUCAACAGCGUCCUCAACCCCGUCGUGUAUUAUUUCUCGAGCCCUGCCUUCAGCGGCACCUUCAGAAAGCUCCUGAAUAAACUGCUGAGAAGGAGCAACGACAAAGAUGAGACGGAGUCAGCUGACAACGGCAUUUCCACUGUGGAUGGCAGAAGAGAAUGAAGGUGAUAUUUGUGUUCCCUGCUAACACUUAAGGGAUACUCUAAUGGAUGCAAACUGCACGUUAAAGGUCAGGCAACAUAUUUAAUUACUGUUAUCCUAGUUUAUAACUGUAACAAAAUGUAGAAGGGGUUUUGCUGUGAUUUUAAACAACAAAUUGACCCACCUAAAAUAAUAAUCAGGAGCUUAGUGCUCUGUACUUGUGUAACAAAACCCUUGUGAAUGUGGUUAAUUAAUGUAAUCAUGAGCCGUUAACAAUGAAGAAUCUCAAGUUGCAAGCAGGGUGUCUACUGGUAUCAGACACUUAAAUGGAACGCUUUCAACACGGUUCUCACGGUCAUGACGAACCUGGAAAGGUCAUGGCAUUCCACAAUCACAUUUUCCAGGCCUGGAAAAGUCACAGGAUUUAUAAAAACCAUUGAAAGUUUUGCAAAGUCAUGGAAUUUUCUUGUCUGUAAUGAUAAUCUUUCUUGGAUAACUUUCCAGUUAUGUAAUGUAACAGCAGUUUUUUUUCAGUUUUACUCAUUUUAAUGAGGCUGUUGACAUGAGCAGCUCUAAUGUCAGGGUUCCCACAAUCAGGGAGAACCUGGAAAGGUCAUGGACUUUCACAAUAUUAUUUUCCAGGCCUGGAAAACUCAUGGAAAAGUUUUGAAAUUUUGUCCAUGGAAAUGUGUGGGAACUCUGAUUUAAUAGAGCCCAACCAAUACUGGAUUUUUAGGGCCGAUACCAAUAUCAGGGAGUUAAAAAUUUCUGAUACUGAUACACCGGCCGAUAUCUAUCCAUCCAUCCAUAAUGUUAUUACUGAGAGAUGCAUACACUGAGAGAGUUAGGGAGUGAUCACACCGAGAUGAAACGCCAGAAACGCAACGCCAGUAAAACCAUUAUUUUCCUACGAUACGGCGCGUCUGACUGGCGUUCAAGUGUCUUUUUAGACGGGCAUUUUUCCGGCGUCUUUUUAGACGCACAUAGAUGCUGAAAAGCUAAAAUAUUUUCAACUUUUUGAGCGUCAGACACCAGUAGCUAGCGCGCAUUGAAUAAGCGCUUCCAGUACUUCAAGCUUCUUUGAAGC